AUGGCUAGUCGUUUUUCCGAUGAGGAAUUUUUGAAAAGGUACUCCGCCCGCUUCCUAAUCAUCCCCAAAAAUCACCCCGGCGGCAGCAACUCCUCUGCUCUGGACUCAUCGUCACAGCUGCCUUCUGAAUCAGCCACCGUCAUUGCCGAUAACGAACACCUCCUAAGCCAGAUACUGAUCAAACUUCCCCCAAAACCCCUCCUCCGUUUUCAGUGCGUCUCCAAGGCAUGGCUCUCCCUCAUCUCUGACCCGGCUUUCCGCCGCCGCUGGUGUAUUCUCCGGAGAAACUCCGCUGCUGUAAAUCUUCUCUUCUUUCCCUUCGGUGUCAAGGACAUUGGUGUUAUUUCUUUUGGUUCGGAGGGAGUGGCUUCUCCGUGUCUCUUUAAUUCGAAUCUGAUGAAGGGUUUUAUCAAGAAUGAGUUUGACGUUCAUGUACAUGGUUGUAAUGGGCUGUGGUGUAUUCAACGUGGUGAGGAUUUUGAUCGCAUUUCCAUUGUUGUUUGUAACCUCACCACUGGGCAGCACAGAGAAAUUCCGAUUCCUCGCGGUACUCGUUGGCCAAAGCUUCGUUAUUCUAAUAUAGCUUUUGAUCCUCAAAAAUCAGACCAUUACAAACUUGUCUGUUGGGGCAUAGACCAAAUGGAUUUUCGAUUCAUGGUCUAUUCCUCAGAAUCUGCGGGGUGGAAAGUUACAGAGGAUCAUAUUGGCAACAUAACUUGGGUAGAUUAUUCUUGUGAGAAUGGGAUUUUCUGGAAUGAGGACAUGCAUUUUAUUGGACGUGGUGAAUCCGGAGAGAUGUCUGUCAUAUGCUUUGAUGUGGAACAUGAAAAGAUUAGAUCAUCAAUGCCUCAAAUUCCCAACAGCGGCCAGUACAUUGGUUAUUUUGGGGAGGCAGGCGGGGAUCUGUGUAUUGUGAGUUUGAACAAUCCGGAGUUAUCGUGUACUAAGUUUGAUGUUUUUGCACUGAAGAGGGAUCACUCUGAGUGGGCUUUGAAGUAUCAAGUUGAUGUUGCCACGUUGAUUACUACAUAUCCUGUCAUGGGGAGACUUGGAUAUUGCAUUUCUUCCUUGAUUGUUAGAGGAGAGAGAGCUAUGAUCAUCAUUUCAUUGGCUGGGAAAGUGGUCUCUUGUGAUAUUAGCAGUAUGGUGGUUGAUGAGCUCGUUGAAUUUGAGGGUCAAUUCGAACAUUACAGCUGGAAUAAUGUUUUCCAGCAUGUGGAAUCCCUUGCAUUGGCCUGA